AUGGUGUUGAGUAACUCUUCUGUAGCUCCAGCCAACCCAAAGACUGGAGAGAUUUUGGAAGUAAGUUGCCACCCUGAGCCACACACACACACACACACACACACACGUUGCAUCACAUCAUAUCACGUCUCUGUCGUCUCUAAAGGUACUGGCCAAUGUCAUUGAUGUUCUUCAACUCCAGUCCAAUGGUCACGGUGGUAACAGCAGUAAAGUGAAUACGCUACUGAGGACAGUUGAAAAAGUUAUCAGACUGAUCGCUCCACAGCUGGAAGGGAACGUGAGCAGGAUAAAUACAAACCACACAGGUAACAUUCAUACUGAACACACAUUUACUGAUCAUUAACAUCACAGGUACCACAAGUUAACCUUACACUGAACACAUAUUGACCCCUAAGUGACCACUUGUUCUUUCAAUAAUGCUGAUUUCUAGUCAGUAUAGAUUUUUGGAUUUUUGUCCCUAUGUUGAAAAACAGAGGUGGAGAUUGUGGUGAGGAGGGACAGGACUCCUCCCCGAGGACCAGUCAGACUAACCAAUGAGAAAAUCCAACUUGACACCACCUGGGAGACGGUGAUCGGAUUGGACAGGAAUUAUGCAGGUACAGUCCCACUCAGCUGCAAUAGCAUUAGGCUUCUCAAAUUAUUAUUAUAGAGACAAAGUAAUUGGGAGUUUCUAAGUAUUUACAGACAUUUCUAAGGUUAUUAUGUAUUUUGUAUCAUGUACAGUUGAAGUCGGAAGUUUACAUACACCUUAGCCAAAUACAUUUAAACUCAAGUUUUUCACAAUUCCUGACAUUUAAUCCUAGUAGAAAUUCCCUGUCUUAGAUCAGUUAGGAUCACCACUUUAUUUUAAGAAUGUGAAAUGUCAGAAUAAUAGUAGAGAGAAUGAUUUAUUUCAGCUUUUAUUUCUUUCAUCACAUUCCCAGUGGGUCAGAAGUUUACAUACACUCAAUUAGUAUUUGGUAUCAGAAGUUUACAUACACUCAAUUAGUAUUUGGUAUCAGAGGUUUACAUACACUCAAUUAGUAUUUGGUAGCAUUGCCUUUAAAUUGUUUAAAUUGGGUCAAACAUUUUGGGUAGCCUUCCACAAGCUUCCCACAAUAAAUUGGGUGAAUUUUGGCCCAUUCCUCCUGACAGAGAUGGUGUAACAGAGUCAGGUUUGUAGGCCUCCUUGCUCGCACACGCUUUUUCAGUUCUGUCCACAUUUUUUCUAUAAGAUUGAGGUCAGGGCUUUGUGAUGGCCAUUCCAAUACCUUGACUUUGUUGUCCUUAAGCCAUUUUGCCACAACUUUGGAAGUAUGCUUGGGAUCAUUGUCCAUUUGGAAGACCCAAGCUUUAACUUCCUGACUGAUGUCUUGAGAUGUUGCUUCAAUAUAUCCACAUAAUUUUCCUUCCUCUUGAUGCCAUCUAUUUUGUGAAGUGCACCAGUCCCGCCUGCAGCAAAGCACCCCCACAGCAUGAUGCUGCCUGUUCUUCGGCUUGCAAGCGACCCCCUUUUUCCUCCAAACAUAACGAUGCUCAUUAUGGCCAAACAGUUAUAUUUUUGUUUCAUCAGACCAGAGGAUUUCUCCAAAAAGUACAAUCUUUGUCCCCAUGUGCAGUUGCAAACCGUAGUCUGGCCUUUUUAUGGCGGUUUUGGAGCAGUGGCUUCUUCCUUGCUGAGCGGCCUUUCAGAUUAUGUCGAUAUAGGACUCGUUUUACUGUGGAUAUAGAUACUUUUGUAUACAGUGAAUUAUAAGUGAAAUAAUCUGUCUGUAAACAAUUGUUGGAAAAAUGACUUGUGUCAUGCACAAAGUAGAUGUCCUAACCGACUUGCCAAAACGAUAGUUUGUUAAAAAGAAAUUUGUGGAGUGGUUGAAAAACAAGUUUUAAUGACUCCAUCCUAAGUGUAUGUAAACUUCCGACUUCAACUGUAUGAUUUGUGCAUAGGCUGUGGUUCUGUUUUGUGCAAGGCUUAUUUUAUGGGCAUCAUAUGUGUACCGUUUGUGUUUUAUGUUGUAGGGUGAUGGGUUUGUAUACUACAUGAUUUGUGUAUUGGUUUUGUUUUAUAUUGUUUGUGUUUCUGUAUGUUUUAAGUGUAUAGGUUUUGUAUGAUGUUGUUUGCAGGGUUUGGUUUUGCCGUUCUGCUCAGCUACAAGAGUCUGCUGACUUUUACCAAAAGCUCUGAGGUGCUCUCCUCCAGAGUGGUGACUGCAUUCGUUAGCAACCCCAACACAACAAAUCUGUCUGAACCUAUCAUUCUCACCUUCAAUCACAUGGUAACAAAAAGGCUGACUGUCAUUUAAAGUGAUAGUUCACAUCUUUUACUUUUAGCUUACCUUUGACUUCCCUAGUGUGUGGUUGUUUCCUCCAAACCAUUUUAAAAUUUGUUAGCUGGUUAUUUAGCAACACCCAGAAUCUACUGGCUAGCAGAUUUGAAUUCAUUAGGGGCUUAGCCCAAAGCCAGUAGGGCGGUCUGGGGGCAUUCUACCCCGGCGCAAAAAAACAAAAAGGAAUAGCAUGAAUUUGGUGCACUCUGAGAUGAACAUUGAGAGAUUAGAACAAUGAGAGAUUAAAUAUUUUUCAGGUAAAUACCCAAACACCUCUCUCUCUCUCUCUCUCUCUCUCUCUCUCUCUCUCUCUCUCUCUCUCUCUCUCUCUCUCUCUCUCUCUCUCUCUCUCUCUCUCUCUCUCUCUCUCUCUCUCUCUCUCUCUCUCUCUCUCUCUCUCUCUCUCUCUCUCUCUCUCUCUCGUAAUUAAAAUCCAUAGAGCAGCUUUAAGUGAUACAGUCUAUUGUGUGCUCACCCCUCCUCUGCCUCUCCAUCGCUUGUGCUAUGUUGUCUGUUGCUGUCUCGUCUGCCCUCUUCUGUUGCUGUCUCUUAGUCUUAUAUGUUACUGUCUCUUGUUUACCUUCGUCCUGUCCUGGUUGUAAAAAGUGUAAAAGUAAACAAUUGUUUUAAUAGUAAUUUCACAGGCUUUUUCCCCUCACCUGCAAAUUAUUUGUAAACUACGUUUUACGUUUUCACUGUCUGUAUUUCACCUUUUAUAAUUUUUGAAAAUAUACUGAACAAAAAUAUAAACACAACAUGUAAAGUGCUGGUCCCAUGUUUCAUGAGCUGAAAUAAAAGAUCCCUGAAAUGUUCCAUACACAUUAAAAGGGUAUUUCUCUCAAAUUUGGUGGACAACUUUGUUUACAUUCCUUUUAGUGAGCAUUUCUCAUUUGCCAAGAUAAUCCAUCCACCUGACAGGUGUGGCAUAUCAAGAAGCUGAUUAAACAGCAUGAUCAUAACACAGGUGCACCAAUAAAAGGCCACUCUAAAAUAUGCAGUUUUGUCACACAACACAAUGCCACAGAUGUCUCAAGUGUUGUGGGAGUGUGCAAUUGGCAUGCUGACUGCAGGAAUGUCCACCAGAGCUGUUGCCAGAUAAUUGAAUGUGUAUUUCUCUACUAUAAGCCGCCUCCAACGUCGUUUUAGAGAAUUUAGCAGUACGUCCAACCAGCCUCACAACUGCAGACCACUUGUAAUCACGCCAGCCCAGGACCUCCGCAUCCGGCUUCUUCACCUGCGGGAUUGUCUGAGACCAGCCACCCCGCCAGCUGAUGAAACUGAGGAGUAUUAAAGCCCUUUUGUGGGGAAAAACGAAUUCUGAUUGGCUGUCUCUGGCUCCCCAGUGGCAUAGGCCCACCCAUGGCUGCGCCCCUGCCCAGUCAUGUGAAAUUAGGGCCUAAUUUAUUUAUUUCAAUUGACUGAUUUCCUUAUAUGAACUGUAACUCAGUAAAAUCGUUAAUUGUUGCGUUUAUAUUUUGGUUCAGUAUAAAUACAACUAAUUAGAAUCUAUAGAGCAGCUUGAAGUGAUAGUCUACUGUGUGCUCUGUUCUCUCUCCAUCUGCCCUCUCCUGUUACUUUCUCUGUCUUGUCUGUUGCUGUCUCAAGUUCUAGUUUGUUACUGUCUCCUUAGUCUAUCCUCUUCUGUUAUGGUCUGUUAUGUUCUUCUGGUGUCUCUCUCCAUCAUAUCCUAUUCUUCUGUUGCUGUCUUUGUGUCUUGUCUGGUGUCUCUCACCAUUACCUAUUCUUCUGUUGCUGUCUCUGUGUAUUGUCUGGUGUGUCUCUCUCCAUCAUAUCAUAUUCUUCUGUUGCUGUCUCUGUGUCUUGUCUGGUGUCUUUCUCCAUCAUUUACUCUUCUGUUGCUGUCUCUGUGUCUUGUCUGGUGUGUUCCUUAAGUUUUGCAGACCAAAACGUUCAAGGGGAUAGUGGGGUAGCUUAACUUGUUUUGGGCCUGUGUCUGUGUCACCUAAAUUAUACUGUUUCCUACCAGUUGCCCCUGGCUGCUGCUGUUCUAAGUGCUCCACUGGCCUGCUGUUCUCAUCUGUCCUCCUGCUUGGCUAAUCUGCCAGGUAACAAGGUAGAGGUACAACGUGUCAUUAGUUAGUUUUAAAGGGCAACUUCCUGAUUUUGCCUUGUUUUAGAUUUGGUUCCUUAAGAAAUGAUAGUGGCCAUGACUGAAUUCAAACGUGAGAUGAUUUCGGGGUGUGGUUUGAUGUGGGUGCCUCGUGUAUGUGUUCGCAGGUGGGAAGAGUUAGACAAAUUAUUUAGCCAAUUAGCUUCAGACGGCUAGUGUGCGGCUUGACUGACUUUGGAUAGCCUAUCUCCAGGGCUAGUUUGGGACCGUCAAUAAAUUACAGUAUGUAAAUGAGACAUUAUUUUCAUGUUGCACACCUUUUAGUUUUCUAAUGAAAUUCUUUCAAUAUUUGUAUAGGAAUUUCUACAAUAUAUAUUUGGUUUGAGGUUUUUAAGUCAUUGAAAUUGGGAGCUAUUGGAAUUUUAACAUAUUGUCCCAUGUAUUUGUGUAAUGUACCGAUGGUCCCAAACUAGCCCCAUAGGUAUAUCCACAAGCAUUUCGCUACACCCACUAUAACAUCUGCUAAACACGUGUAUGUGACAAAUAAAAUUUGAUUUGAUAUCCAAAGUCUACCUGAAAUUUACCACAGGCAUUACAAUCAGGUGGCGUGCAGCUGCACUCCGAAUUGAUGAUUACUUGUGUUCUGCCAGCUGUGAGCAGGAUUGAAACAAACCCUACCUUCAUUUACUUUGUGAUACUUUCAUGACCACAUCUCACAAAAAUCAGUUUUGGACAAGACUGACUUUAUGACCAAAAUUAUCCUAUUUACACUUUGUAGUAAAUUUUGACAGUAGAUAAAUGUUUCUGACUCAUAUCGAUGCCACAUAGUCUGUUUUCUAAAUGAGAAGUUGGUUUUUAGGGGCAUUUACUCUUUAAAGUUACUGUACACUGACACGACCAGGGCAACUCAACUGCAAAGAAAAAUUCAAGUGUCCGCAUAACAGCAUAACAACUCCAAACAUGACAGAUAAAGCUAAAUAGCCCCUAGGCCAUAUGAAAAUAAAGAGAAAUGGGUAAAAAAAAGAAAUACCUGUAGAAUAGAAGAAGUUAUAAUACCUCUGAUGUAUUUAAUUUUGUCAGUUCUACCAGCUAAUAUGAGAUUUUUAAAUUACAUAACAUUUGAGGUCAGAUAACUUAACCGCCUAUGUAUUUUCAAUGUUUUGUUCACCUACAAUCUAACCACAAAGCUGGCCAUCUUCUAAGUUUAAGUUCAAGUUUGUUUAUUUGUCAUGUACACAUUAUACACUAUAUAUACAAACGUAUGUGGACACCCCUUCAAAUUAGUGGAUUCGGCUAUUUCAGCCACACCCAUUGCUGAGAGGUGUAUAAAAUCGAGCACACAGCCAUGCAAUCUCCAUAGACAAACAUUGUCAGUAGAAUGGCCUUACUGAAGAGCUCAGUGACUUUAAACGUGGCACCGUCAUAGGAUGCCACCUUUCCAGAAAGUCAGUUCAUCAAAUGUCUGCCCUGCUAGAGCUGCCCUGGUCAAUUGUAAGUGUUGUUAUUGCGAAGUGGAAACAUCUACAAGCAACCAGAACUCACAGAACGGCAUCGCCGAGUACUGAAGCGCGUAGGGCGUAAAAAUCGUCUGUCCUCGGUUGCAAAACUCACUACCGAGUUCCAAACUGCCUCGGGAAGCAAUGUCUGCAAAAUAACUGUUCGUCAGGAGCUUCAUGAAAUGUGAUUCCAUGGCCGAGCAGCCAUGCACAAUGCCAAGCGUCGGCUGGAGUUGUGUAAAGCUCGCUGCCAUUCGACUCUGGAGCAGUGGAAACGCGUUCUCUGCACAAAGCGAGGUCCAUACAGAAAUGGUUUGUCAAGAUCAGUGUGGAAGAACUUGACUGGCCUGCACAGAGCCCUGACCUCAACCCCAACAAACACCUUUGAGAUGAAUUGCAACGCCGACUGCGAGCCAGGCCUAAUCGCCCAACAUCAGUGCCUGACCUCACUAAUGCUCUUGUGGCUGAAUGGAAGCAAGUCCCCGCAGCAAUGUUCCAACAUCUAGUGGAAAGCCUUCCCAGAAGAGUGGAGGCUGUUAUAGCAGUAAAGGGGAGACCAACUCCAUAUUAAUGCCCAUGAUUUUGGAAUGAGAUGUUCGACGAGCAGGUGUCCACAUACCUUUGGUCAUGUAGUGUAUACAUGGAGUUCACAGUGCAAUGAAAUGCUCACUUGCAGGUUAAUCUCUCAACAAUGCAACAACAAUAGAAAAAGUAAGUAGCUAAGUGAAUAAAAAGAUAAAUAAAAGCUCAAUUAAAUAAUUUUACCAAUGUAAUAAUUAUUUUUUACAAAUAGUUAAAUAGCCUUCUGGAAAUAACAGACAUGAGCCAAGCAUGUUUAUCUGUAGAAUUGAAUAGGUUGUAAGAUCUCUAUGAUUCAUUUCAUUUUGUCAGUUCUACCACCUCAAUUUUGCUCAUUUUAAACAGGGUUAGAUAUAAUGUUGUAGUGAAGUUCAGCUUCAGUCCACAGGGAGCACUGUGUCACUGUCAGAAGAUGUGUUAAAUCAGAAAAACUUUCUCUCAUCUCUUUGGUAUCAGCUAGCUAAGUCAGCCAGUUGUUAACGUUAGCUACAGAAACAAAACCCAUCAAAAAUACUCACUGGAAAUAAAUACUUUUCCUAAUAUUAUGACUUACAGUAAUAAUAAUAAUAAUACAGUAAUACUUACAGUAUAUCAACAUCCUUCGCUUGCCCAUUCUCUAAAUAUACUUUUAAAUAAUUCUGACUGACACCCAAUAGCUUAAGGACGCUGAGCACUAACGCUACCUUAUUAGCAUUAGCAAACCCUUAUGCUGAGGGAGACUAGGUAGUUAGCUACCACCAACCCUGCACAAACCUGUGGCGAACUAUGCUGCUGCACUUUGACUUUCUGGCUAUUCUGCCCUCCACCUCAUUCACUGCUGCCUCAACUCUCUCUUUUGGAAUAUCCAUAUUUGCUCUGUGCUAUGCUGCAGACUGACUGGGCGACAGGCGUUUUGCAGAGUGAUGACAUUGACGUCUAAACGCUGAUGUGGGGGAGGGUCAAGGAACGUGAGCGGUCCACUGCGUUGUGGAAAUGUCGACCAAUCACAGCAGGCACAGCGUCAUCCAACUUAUUGUGGGAAGCUACCCGAAAUGUUUGACCCAAGUUAAACAAUUUAAAGGCAAUGCUACCAAAUACUAAUUGAGUGUAUGUAAACUUCUGACCCACUGGGAAUGUGAUGAAAGAAAUAAAAGCUGAAAUAAAUCACUCUCUACUAUUAUUUCACAUUCUUAAAAUAAAUUGGUGAUCCUAACUGACCUAAGACAGGGAAUUUUUACUAGGAUGAAAUGUCAGCAAUUGUGAAAAACUUGAGUUGAAAUGUACAGUGGGGAAAAAAAGUAUUUAGUCAGCCACCAAUUGUGCAAGUUCUCCCACUUAAAAAGAUGAGAGAGGCCUGUCAUUUUCAUCAUAGGUACACGUCAACUAUGACAGACAAAAUGAGAAAGAAAAUUCCAGAAAAUCAUAUUGUAGGAUUUUUUAUGAAUUUAUUUGCAAAUUAUGGUGGAAAAUAAGUAUUUGGUCAAUAACAAAAGUUUCUCAAUACUUUGUUAUAUACCCUUUGUUGGCAAUGACACAGGUCAAACGUUUUCUGUAAGUCUUCACAAGGUUUUCACACACUGUUGCUGGUAUUUUGGCCCAUUCCUCCAUGCAGAUCUCCUCUAGAGCAGUGAUGUUUUGGGGCUGUCACUGGGCAACACAGACUUUCAACUCCCUCCAAAGAUUUUCUAUGGGAUUGAGAUCUGGAGACUGGCUAGGCCACUCCAGGACCUUGAAAUGCUUCUUACGAAGCCACUCCUUCGUUGCCCGGGCGGUGUGUUUGGGAUCAUUGUCAUGCUGAAAGACCCAGCCACGUUUCAUCUUCAAUGCCCUUGCUGAUAGAAGGAGGUUUUCACUCAAAAUCUCACGAUUCAUGGCCCCAUUCAUUCUUUCCUUUACACGGAUCAGUCGUCCUGGUCCCUUUGCAGAAAAACAGCCCCAAAGCAUGAUGUUUCCACCCCCAUGCUUCACAGUAGGUAUGGUGUUCUUUGGAUGCAACUCAGCAUUCUUUGUCCUCCAAACACGAGUUUGAGUUUUUACCAAAAAGUUAUAUUUUGGUUUCAUCUGACCAUAUGACAUUCUCCCAAUCCUCUUCUGGAUCAUCUAAAUGCACUCUAGCAAACUUCAGACGGGCCUGGACAUGUACUGGCUUAAGCAAGGGGACACGUCUUUCACUGCAGGAUUUGAGUCCCUGGCGGCGUAGUGUGUUACUGAUGGUAGGCUUUGUUACUUUGGUCCCAGCUCUCUGCAGGUCAUUCACUAGGUCCCCCUGUGUGGUUCUGGGAUUUUUGCUCACCGUUCUUGUGAUAAUUUUGACCCCACGUGGUGAGAUCUUGCGUGGAGCCCCAGAUCGAGGGAGAUUAUCAGUGGUCUUGUAUGUCUUCCAUUUCCUAAUAAUUGCUCCCACGGUUGAUUUCUUCAAACCAAGCUGCUUACCUAUUGCAGAUUCAGUCUUCCCAGCCUGGUGCAGGUCUACAAUUUUGUUUCUGGUGUCCUUUGACAGCUCUUUGGUCUUGGCCAUAGUGGAGUUUGGAGUGUGACUGUUUGAGGUUGUGGACAUGUGUCUUUUAUACUGAUAACAAGUUCAAACAGGUGCCAUUAAUACAGGUAACGAGUGGAGGACAGAGGAGCCUCUUAAAGAAAAAGUUACAGGUCUGUGAGAGCCAGAAAUCUUGCUUGUUUGUAGGUGACCAAAUACUUAUUUUCCACCAUAAUUUGCAAAUAAAUUCAUUAAAAAUCCUACAAUGUGAUUUUCUGGAUUUUCUUUUCUCAAUUUGUUUGUCAUAGUUGACAUGUACCUAUGAUGAAAAUUACAGGCCUCUCUCAUCAUUUUAAGUGGGAGAACUUGCACAAUUGGUGGCUGACUAAAUACUUUUUUUCCCCACUGUAUUUGGCUAAGGUGUAUGUGAACUUGUAUGUGUAUGUGUGUUUUUUGUUGUUGCUCGCUUUCAUCACUUUUCAAGAAAUGUAAUACGUUAUACAGUUAAUCAAAUGUGUAUGGACUAACAGAUGCAAAAAUGCUAGCCAGAUUUUUCUGGACUUUGCUUAAUAACCAGCUAACAAAUUUAAAAACGGUUUGGAGGUAACAACAAUACCGCAGGGAAGUCGAAAAUAAAGUGAACUUUCCCUUUAAAACAGGUUUUAUUAGAAAUAACACAUUUGUUUAACAGACACAUGCAGUAGACCCUAGCUGUUCAUAAGAUAUGUCUCAUCUCCUCUGUGUCCCAGUUCAGUGAAGCGAGCACCUGUGUUUAUUGGUCAGAGGAUGGAGAGGGGGCGUGGUCAAGCCAGGCUUGUGCCACAGUGAUUUCCAACUCCACCCACACUGUGUGCUCCUGCACCCAUCUCAGCAGCUUCGCCCUGCUCAGGGGAAUCCAAGGGGAAAAGGUGAUGAACAACAACAUUGUAGACCCGCUAAGAGAGUAUUGGAUCUGUGAGAAGGUGUUUUUGCCUUCAAGCUUUUCCUUUUGCCUUGGGGUAUUGGUAUGGCCUGUAUUUAAUUAUUGUCAUUCCUCAUUGACAGAAAAGCGGAAAUCUGUCGUUGGUGAAGUGGGUGGGCGUUUCUGUGGCGCUGGCCUUUGUGGUCCUAUCCCUGCUUACAGCCCUGUGGUGUCGCUUUAUCAGCAAAAAACGCAAUGGCAGGGAGCCGGCCGGAAAAGCAUUUUAA